UUGUUAUGUAUUCAAAAUGUUCAAGCGAAAUUGUUUUAUGUACAACUGUCGAGGGCGAUCCAGUGAAAGCAUCCAAAAAGCACACUGAGUCCACUUACACUUACAUGCAAACUUGAUGCCAAUAUUAUCCAUUUAACCUCGAGCAUUCGCCGCUGCCACUUGUGGAGUUUCAUUUUCGAGCAUCUUUUCGAUUCAUAAUUCGUAGCAUUUACCGAAAAGUGUUCAGCUUUGUUGGUUGAGCACAUUGAAGCUGAGACUCUUUUUAUUUAUCAGAGACAUUUUUCGUGUGACUUUUCAUUGUCUAUGUUAUUUUGAAUUCGUUGAACUGAUGUUCUAUUCUUCACAAUAUUUUUUGUUAUUCGAUGAAAUCAAUUAAAAAAUUUCAACUUUUUCCAAAACCAAACCAUCGAUUUUUGUGUGAAAAACAAAAAAAAUAAAUAAUUCAAAGUGACUUGAUUACAUUGAAGGAGUGACGAAGUGACUUGAUUGUUUUAUUGAGAUAAUUUGUCUAGAGGCAGAAUCUUAUGGGCUUUUUUCCAUACGAUUGGCGCCUGAGAGUUUUCCAUUGUUCAUUCACCAGUCGUAACGACACUCACGCGCUGCGUAGUUGUGAAAUCACUCUCAGCUGCUGUUGAAUCAACUGGUGGCUUCGCAAAAACACUUUUAUUGUAACUUGGAGUGGCAAUUGUGAAAAACAGUUAAUUAAAUGUCAAGCGUUUCUUGUUCAAUGCUCACGUUUAAGAUUUAGUUUUUGCAACAGUUCAAAUCAGUUAUUUCUUAAAAAUUAAAGCGAAGUUUCAACGAAAUGAAGAUUUCAGAAAUAUUGAAUUUCUCUAUUCAAUAGAGGGAUAAAUUACGGAAAAUAGAGAAAACAGAGACAAAAAGGAUAUAAAAUAGAAAAAAAAGAAUGUGAAAAAGGAAAAAAAGAGAAAAUUGAGAAAAAAGAGAGAAAAAAGAUGAAAAAGAACCAAAAAAGCGAAAAAAAAUUGAUAGAAUAAAAGAAAAAAGACAUAAUUGAAAACCAAAUCAAAAUUGUCUUGUUCCAUAACAUUUGAAGUUGCUUCGAAAGUUUCAGAUCUUCGAAAUAAAAAUAGAAAUGAAGAUUCCAACUGUAACCAAUUGUUGCUGUUGCCUUAGUUUAAGAGCAGCUGGACUGUUGAUUGGUGCGUUUGGUGUUUUGGCAAACAUGAUUGGCGUUUUAAGUGGCUAUGCAAUGGUAUUGAAUGUAAUCGGUCUCCUGGUGAAUUCCUGGUUCGUCUUUGGCAUUCUGAAAGAAAAUCCAAGGCUAAUGCUGCCCAGCAUAAUUCUGACGUUCUUCGCAAUCAUUUUGAUGUUUCUCUCACCAUUCUUCUUCAUAGCUUACUACCACAGCGAAGUGACAGAGGAUAAACAGGCAAACAACAAAUUGGCUUAUUUGUGCACCGCUCUAUCGUUGAUUUUGUAUUGUAUUGGAGUUCUCUCAACCUACCUGUGGCUAGUGCAUUAUUCCCUGUACAAAUCCAUAAAAGCUGGAGCACCACGAGGGCCAAACGUACACGUACAUGUCCAUAAAAAUGGUGGCGACGUUUAAAAUCAACUCGUGAAAGUCUCAUCACCGUCAAAUAAAAAUUGGUUCUCAAACGUCGGACGAAAAAAGCUCAUCACGCUCAACAUAUGGCUCAUAAUAAAUUACGCUUAAUACAGAGAGGGACCAAAUCACAUGCAUCAUACUUCUUCCAUAUCUAAAAUUGUGUGGACGAUCGUGUUUUUCUUGCUCAUGUAAAAUGUGUUGUGUUUCAGUAUUUUGUGGCGAAUAAAGCGAAAAGAA